AAGGAAGACACGUCAAUAUGUCCAUGGAGGUUCUGUGCCAUUUGCGAAGCUCUCAGAUUUAGAGCGAUCCGUGUGAGGGCAGAGAGAGAGAGACGCGCAGGGCUCUGUUGCCUUUCUAGUUCCAAGAAGAGAGAAAGAGAAAGAGCAAGUGAGCGAAACGAUCACGGCCACGCUGAAGAAGAAGAGUCUCUCCGUCUCCUCCCUCAUCCGCCUCCUCCGUCUAAGAAACAAGGCAUCCCUAGGCGCCAUGAUCUCUCUCAGUCCCACCUCGUUUCUGAACAAGACGGGUGUUCCUGGAUGUUCCACCCACCUCUCUCUGCGCCAGCCCAGAAUUAUAGCCUUUCCUGCCUCCUUCAGAGUGUUUUCCUCCCUCGGAUCUAACCGGGAUCCCAACGGCAGCGUUUUGAUUGAGACCUCUGCCACUUCUUCCUCCUCUCUCGAGACCUCCGCCGCUGACAUUGUUCCCAAAUCGACCGUCUCCGGUGGAGUUCAGGAUGUCUACGGCGAGGAUGCUGCCACCGAGGACAUGCCCAUCACUCCUUGGUCUCUCUCUGUCGCCAGUGGGUAUACGUUGUUGCGUGAUCCACAUCACAACAAGGGCCUUGCCUUUAGCCACAGGGAGCGUGACGCUCACUAUCUACGCGGCCUUCUCCCCCCCACUGUUAUCUCCCAAGAUCUUCAGGUCAAGAAAAUGAUGCAUACUCUUCGUCAGUAUCAAGUUCCCUUGCAGAGGUAUAUGGCUAUGAUGGAUCUCCAGGAGACCAACGAGAGGCUGUUUUACAAGCUUCUCAUUGAUCACGUCGAGGAGUUGCUACCAGUUGUCUACACUCCAACAGUUGGGGAAGCCUGCCAGAAGUAUGGUAGCAUUUUCCUGCGUCCACAGGGACUUUUUAUCAGCUUGAAAGAAAAAGGUAAGAUUCAUGAAGUACUGAGGAACUGGCCUGAGAAGAACAUCCAAGUCAUUGUUGUCACUGAUGGGGAGCGCAUUUUAGGGUUAGGAGAUCUUGGAUGUCAGGGAAUGGGAAUACCAGUUGGAAAACUUUCUCUAUACACAGCCCUCGGAGGUGUCCGGCCAUCUGCCUGUCUACCCGUUACAAUCGAUGUUGGGACAAACAAUGAAAAGCUAUUGAACGAUGAAUUCUACAUAGGGCUCCGCCAAAGGAGAGCUACAGGAGAGGAAUACUCCGAACUUAUGCAUGAAUUCAUGACAGCAGUCAAGCAGAACUAUGGGGAGAAAGUCGUUAUUCAGUUUGAAGACUUUGCCAACCAUAAUGCUUUUGAUCUGUUAGCUAAGUAUGGUACAACACAUCUUGUUUUCAAUGACGAUAUUCAGGGCACGGCAUCAGUUGUGCUUGCGGGACUUAUCGCUGCUCUUAGAUUUGUGGGGGGAUCCUUGUCAAACCACAGAUUCCUCUUCCUCGGGGCUGGGGAGGCUGGUACUGGAAUAGCUGAAUUAAUUGCUCUAGAGAUUUCAAAGAAGUCCCAUAUUCCAUUGGAAGAGGCUCGGAAGAAUAUUUGGCUCGUGGAUUCAAAGGGAUUGAUUGUUAGUUCCCGGAAAGAAUCCCUUCAACAUUUCAAGAAGCCCUGGGCUCAUGACCAUGAACCGAUACGGGAACUUGUUGAUGCCGUCAAGGCUAUCAAGCCGACAGUUCUGAUCGGAACAUCGGGAGUAGGUCAAACAUUCACUCAAGACGUGGUGGAAACCAUGGCAGAGCUAAAUGAGAAACCCAUCAUUCUUUCUCUUUCAAACCCAACUUCUCAGUCAGAAUGUACGGCGGAAGACGCCUAUACAUGGAGUCAGGGACGGGCGAUCUUUGCAAGUGGAAGCCCAUUUGCGCCAGUAGAGUAUGAGGGAAAGACGUUUGUGCCUGGUCAGGCGAACAAUGCAUACAUAUUUCCGGGGUUUGGACUGGGGCUAAUAAUGUCAGGGACCAUCCGCGUCCAUGAUGACAUGCUUUUGGCCGCAUCAGAAGCUUUGGCUGAGCAACUGACAGAGGAGCAUUACGAGAAGGGGAUGAUAUUUCCCCCCUUCAGGAAUAUCAGAAAAAUAUCAGCUCGUAUUGCAGCGAAGGUGGCUGCCAAGGCCUAUGAACUGGGAUUGGCCACGAGGUUGCCUCAGCCCAAGGAGCUGGAGCAGUGUGCUGAGAGCAGCAUGUACAGCCCUUCAUAUCGAAGCUAUCGCUGAGGAUCUCUCAGUUGUCAUUUCUCAUAGUGACUCAUUUCUCUCCUCUCCUAUUAUUUCACCUUCCUCUUUCCAUGAGAUUUUUGUUUUGUUUUGUUUGUCUGUCAGCAUUUUAAAUCGAGUUGUAAUAACUUUUUUUUUUCUUUCUCGUUUGCUCUGUUCUUUCGUUCAUAAGUCCAUCCAUAAUAAUCCUAUAAAAUUGUUUCUCUGGGCUUAUCUGUACGUUAGUUUCUUGACAGAAACAUGUGUUACUGAUUUGCAUAUGGUGUGCUUUAUUUUUAGCAAGUACUCAGGAUUUCAAUUUUAUUGAUAUUUAUUGCAA